AUGGCUAGAUACGGUGCUACCUCCACUAACCCAGCUAAAUCUGCUUCCGCUCGUGGCUCCUACUUGAGAGUGUCCUUCAAGAACACCAGGGAGACCGCGCAGGCCAUCUCUGGCUGGGACUUGACCAAGGCCCAGACCUACUUGGAGCAGGUUUUGGACCACAAAAGAGCUAUCCCAUUCAGAAGAUACAACUCUUCCAUUGGUAGAACUGCUCAGGGCAAGGAGUUCGGUGUGACCAAGGCCAGAUGGCCAGCCAAGUCUGUCAAGUUCGUGCAGGGCUUGUUGCAGAACGCUGCUGCCAACGCUGAGGCCAAGGGUUUGGACUCCACCAAGUUGUUCGUUUCCCACAUCCAGGUGAACCACGCCCCAAAGCAAAGAAGAAGAACCUACAGAGCCCACGGUAGAAUCAACAAAUACGAGUCCUCGCCAUCCCACAUCGAGUUGGUGUUGACCGAGAAGGAGGAGGCCGUUGAGAAGGCUACCGAGAAGAAGGUUGUCAGAUUGUCUUCCAGACAGAGAGGCAGAUUGGCCGCUCAGAAGAGAAUUACUGCUUGA